UCCUAGCUAAUAUUGAAUAACCAGUCAUUGAUCUUGGGUCCCUUUUAUACUUUUCUAAUCGCAGUGAAUCUCCGCGGGCUUUGAAGAGAAUCAAUUCCCGCUCACAAUGCCUGAGGAAGUGGCAUACAAGCCGUAUGUUACCCACCCUUCCAUGUUUUUGUCUGAUGAUCCGUGCUUGUUUCUGUGACAUUAUAUGUUUUCAUGUCUCCCUUUCCUCUCCUAGUUUUUUUCCUUCUUUUUCCUUGUGUGCCCUACUUGGUAAUGUUUGGUCAUCAUGCGUCUUUGACAAGAUGACGAUCCGCAAUGAUUAGUCGAUGUGCUGCCAAGUCCCUUGGACAAUUCUACCUGACUAUGCCUCGAUCUACAGACUCCGCCUGGGAUCCAAAGCCCCCAACUUCCAAGCCGACACCACCAUCGGUCGUAUCGACUUCUAUGAGUGGAUCGGCAACGACUGGGUCAUCCUCUUCUCCCACCCCGAAGACUACACCCCCGUCUGCACCACCGAACUGGCAGACCUGGCCAAGCACCAGUCCGAGUUCGCAAAGCGCGGCGUCAAGCUGAUCGGCCUGUCCGCCAACUCGAUCGAGUCACACGAUGGUUGGAUCAACGACAUCGCCGAGAUCGCCGGCUGUUCCUUGACGUUUCCGGUCAUUGGGGACGAGGAUCGCAAGAUCGCCCACACUUAUGAUAUGCUCGAUCACCAAGAUGUCACCAACGUCGACGCCCGCGGCAUCGCCUACACGAUCCGCUCCGUCUUCAUCAUCGAUCCCAACAAGGUCAUCCGCCUCAUCCAGGCCUAUCCGGCCUCCACCGGUCGGAGCACGACUGAGCUGCUCCGUGUCGUGGAUUCCCUACUCGCUACCGACAAGUACUCCCCAGGUGAUGAUGUAGUCGUCCCCGCGAGUGUCGCCGACGAGGAGGCACAGGCCAAGUUUCCAAAUAUGCAAACCGUGAAGCCGUAUUUGCGCUUCACCCCAUUGGCUAAGGAGCAUAUUGUUCCUCAGCAUAUUUUUCAGCAUUAGGUGUUAUUCUUCCACCGUAGAUGUUAUGUCUGAUUUCUCUUUUCCCGAUGACUUGGACCGAUAAGAAGUGAAUCUGCUACGUGGGAUAGAUGCAGGAGGCUUCAACUAUGACAAAUGUCUUUCAGAAGGCGUAACAGUAUGACCCCAUUUGGGUCUAUGCUACAAACCUAUAACUAGCAGCAUAAGGGAACUUUCCUCUGCGUCAGCACUCACUCAUUCUACCUAAAUGGAGCUCAUUCCAUACCUCCU